UGCCGUGCUUGGGCUGGGGCGGACUUCCCUCAAGUAUCAUGGCGCGUUCUUCCCUUGUAUUUAACCUCGGUUGCUCUUGUUGACCGUUUCCCUGUUCCUCUUCCAAGCAAUUGCUUGAGUGAUUCGACUCUAAUAAUCCUAUCAUCCCAUUCCACAUCACAAUUACCCUGUCCAAUCAUCUCGUGGGCUGGCUGGCACCAUGAUCACCUUUCUCUUCGCCAACCUGCUUGCUUACAGCCUGGUGUACCUCCUCAUCAAGUUUCGUACUCGAGCAAUCGGGACCACCAAGAGAAAAGACACUGCCUUUUACGAAGUACCCGGAUGGCCACUAAUCGGACAGUUACCAAUGAUGUUCAAAAACAGAACUCGUAAUCUGGAGGAUAACACAGUCAGAGCCUUGGAACAUGGCCCUGGUUUCAGUAUAACAGUCCCCGGCAUCAGAAUCGUGGAUAUCAGCAAGCCAGAAUGGAUCGAGCAUAUGCAGAAGACCAAUUUUGAAAACUAUGUCAAGGGCCCUUUAUUGCGCGGUAUCAUGUAUGAUGUUUUUGGAGAUGGGAUCUUCGUGGCAGAUGGCCCAGCAUGGAAAAGAGCCCGACAGGCCACCUCGACCAUCUUUACUAUCAAAACAUUCAAGAAUAUCAUCGUCCCUGCCGCCAAUAAAAGUCUGGAUGGGCUGGUCGAUUUAUUGAAGUCGACUGCCCAAUCAAAUGAUCAGAGCAUCGACUUUUGUGAUCUCUUCUUCCGCUACACGUUGGACUCAUUCGUCCAAAUGACUUUUGGUCAAGAUCUAGAUCUUUUCGGUACCCAAUAUGAUGGCAAAACAAAAGGAUCAUCGCCGUCGAAGCUCUCCGCGUCGUCGCUUCCGUUCUCGGAAGCAUUCGAUUUCGCGCAGGAUCAAGUGGACUUUAGAUUUUCGGUUGUGAUAGGAUGGAAGCUCCUCGAGGGGCUGGUUGGAUCGAUUGGAAAACGCAUGAAGGCCUCAUGUCGUGUUUUAGAUGACUACGCUUACUCCUUGAUCGAUGAGCGAAUGGCUAGCAGGACUUACCAAUCCAACUUAGAAAAGAACGAAGCAGUGGACGGCGAUUUGUUGGGUCUUUUCAUGAAUGCUCGUGACGAGCGGGGAGGUGGUUUGGGCCGCACCGAGCUAAGGGAUACGACUCUGAACCUCAUCAUUGCCGGUCGGGACACUACCGCCGAAGCACUCUCCUGGGCCUUCUUUCAUCUGCUGAUGAACGAAGACUUGAUUUCGAAAAUUCGCGAGGAAGCGAUUGAGAUCUUGGGCGAUGAGAAUGAUGGUCAAGAACGCGUGACACAUGAGAAUUACAAGCGAUUUGUUUGGACAAAUGCAAUCGUACUUGAAACAUUGAGAUUACAUCCGAGUGUUCCAAAGAAUACAAAAUGCAUUGUUUCGCAUGACCAAAUUCCUGGCGGGCCAACUGUCGAGGCUGGUGAUAUAAUCCGAUGGAGUGGCUGGCAAAUGGGCCGCGAUGCCUCGUUGUGGGGCCCCGAUUGCGGGGAGUUCAAACCAGCUCGUUGGGUCGAUGAGAAAGGCAGCAUCAAGCAAUUUGGACCGUACAAGUUUAACGCUUUCAAUGGUGGACCAAGAAUUUGUUUAGGUAUGAAUCUGGCAAUGUUACAGGCGGUUAAAGUGAUCGUGGAGCUAUUUCGCCACUUCGAGCUAGAGUUCGCUCCAGGAUGGUUAGAAAAGGUUCCUAAGAGUGAAGCGAUAGAAGGCAUCACAUCUCGAUAUCCAACGCCGAUGUACAGGUCGUCAUUGACUUUACCAAUGGAUAACCCCAUGAUGGUAUCAGUCAAGUGUAAGGCUUGAGGUCAACAAAUUAACUUAAAGUAAACACAUGAUUAGGGGACACAGCUAAGAUCAACUCGAACCGAAUCGAACAGAGCUGGGCAUUUUCAAGCUCCCUGAUUCUUGUUAAUUUCUUCCAUGGGUUUUGUGCUUUUUUCUUUUUCUUUUGGAUCGUUGUAUAUGUGCACCCUACCAAUCAACUCCUCUUCAUCGAUCUAGAUUCAAGAGUCUUGUGAUGUCUAGUCAUAAAAUUUCCUAUCCGUAUCACUAAUAUCGAAAAUUAGGCCCUACUGGGUACUGAACGUGCCUUUUGUACUUUUUAGGAUGGAGUAGACUAGAGUAACGGAUGCUCUCAAUUGAG